AUGGUAUGUAAAUAUAUUUGUUUAUUUAUAUAUUUUAUUAUAAUUUUUGAUAUUUAUUACUCUUCUGGAGAAAGUCUGGCUGAACAACGUGAAACUGUGUUAGAUUGGAUUCGUUUUAUUAUAAAUGUGGACAAUUCAAUUAAUUUAUUUUCGAGAGACAUGGUCGCUGUUGAUCCUGAAGAAGAAAGUGAUAAGGAAGUAAUAGAUAAAAUGUUAGAAUGUGUUAAUGAAAUAUAUAGUCAUUUUGAUUAUUUUAAAGCAACUUUUCAGAAUUUUGGAUUUAAUUUGAGUAUAAACACAAUGUAUAAGGAUCAAAUGUCCGUAACUCAAUAUAAAGAUACAAUUAGUAAUAUUAGAGAUGGAAAAGAUAAUGGUUAUAUACAUAAAGAAGAUUGUUUGAAUAGGUUGAAAAAUAUAAGGGCUGAAGUGACUCAUAUACAAAUGUUCAUAAAUGAUAACAGAUAUAGGCCAAUCAAAAGAAUACUUCAAUAUUUUAUUAUAUUUCUAGAGUGCAAUUAUAUUUUAGUUAAAAAUUUAUCUGAGAAAAUAGAAGAAGCAAUUAAAGCAAGAAAUAGUUUAGAUGUAAAAUCCAAGUUAAUAAGUAAAGGUACACAGAGUUCUGAUAAAAGUAGAAGGGUAAGAUCAAAUAUGAGCAAAGAGGAAUAUAAGAAAAACCAAGAAGAAGUUAAUAAACUAAUGUCUCAAUUUAAUUUGGCUGAAGGUGAAAUGCAUAGUGAUGGUUCAGUAAGAAGAAAAAAAGGUAAGAAAGAAAAGAAAAAAGAAAAGAGAAAAGAAAAGAAAAAAGAAAAGAAAAAAGAUAACCAAAGGAAUAGUGAUCAUGAUAAUAGUGAAGAAGACGAAUCGGAUUAUUUAUAUACUGAAAAUAAGACUAGUAACAUAGCUAUUCAUAGUAAAGAUAAUAAAGAAAGCGGUGUUCAUAGUUAUAGUGAACUUGGUGCAACAGGUUUUGAUCCAAGUUAUAAUAAAAGAGGUGGUGAUCAUACUGAUAGUGAACUUGGUGCAACAGGUUUUGAUCCAAGUUAUAAUAAAAGAAGUGGUGAUCAUACUGAUAGUGAACUUGGUGCAACAGGUUUUGAUCCAAGUUAUAAUAAAAGAGGUGGUGAUCAUACUGAUAGUGAACUUGGUGCAACAGGUUUUGAUCCAAGUUAUAAUAAAAGAAGUGGUGAUCAUACUGAUAGUGAACUUGGUGCAACAGGUUUUGAUCCAAGUUAUAAUAAAAGAGGUGGUGAUCAUACUGAUAGUGAACUUGGUGCAACAGGUUUUGAUCCAAGUUAUAAUAAAAGAAGUGGUGAUCAUACUGAUAGUGAACUUGGUGCAACAGGUUUUGAUCCAAGUUAUAAUAAAAGAGGUGGUGAUCAUACUGAUAGUGAACUUGGUGCAACAGGUUUUGAUCCAAGUUAUAAUAAAAGAGGUGGUGAUCAUACUGAUAGUGAACUUGGUGCAACAGGUUUUGAUCCAAGUUAUAGAAGAAGUAUUCAAAGUUCUGUUACUACAGCUCCGCAACAAGAUGUCAAUUUACUAUUUAAUAAACAGAAAUUAGAAGUAGAAAAAAGAAAAAGAAGAGAAGAAAGAAAUACCAUUAUUUAUGAAAAAAAAAUGGAAAUAAAAAAAUAUGAAGAACUUAUUGUGAUUUUAGAAGAAGAAAUUGAAGAGAUUAUUGUUAAGAAAUUAGCAGAAAUCGAACGAUGUAAAAAGUACAUUAUGUCUUUAAAAAAAGAAAUUAAAACAAUUAAACUUGAAUUUUUUGAUUUAUAUGGAAUAGGUGAUGAUAUUGAUUUGUACAGAGGUGAAGAUGACUCUACGGAAGAGAGUGAUAAAGAAGAAAAGAGUAUAAAAUAUGUGUAUCCAGCUGUUUAUGUAUAA